UCUCUCUUCCUUCUUCUCCAUGCAAACGAUACUUAUACAAACCAAGUUUAUUCGGUUUGAUGUGAUUUACUCUUAAAUAAUAUUUAUAACUUUUUGAACAAAAUGCACCGUCACUGGAAUUAUAAAUUCGACCAAAAUCAAAGUGAGAAACUGUAAACAUGUUAAGGAAAUUCGGGAACAAGCGACACCAACCGGGUAUAUGGCGACGGUGCCGCACCCUCCGAGCUCUGAAGCAAAUCCACGCUCGCAUGCUCGUCCGGGGCUUCCUCUCCGACUCCUUCGCUCUCCGCGAGCUCAUCUUCUCCUCCGCGGUCUCCGUCCCCGGCGCCUUUUCCUACGCGCACCAACUCUUCUCCCACAUCCCCCGCCCCAACCUCUUCAUGUGGAACUCCAUCAUCCGCGGCGCCGCCCACUCCGCCGCCCCCUCCGACGCCCUUUCCCUCUACACCCGCAUGGCGCGGAGCGGCGCCAGGCCCAACAAGCUCACCUUCCCCUUCCUCCUCCGCGCGUGCGCCAAGCUCUCCGCCCCCUCCGCGGGCGCUCAAUUCCACGCCGCGAUCGUCAAAUCAGGUCUCGAUUCCGACCCGUUUGUUCGCAACGCGCUCAUUAACUUCCACGCGUGCUGCGGCGACGCAGCGAGCGCGCACGCGCUGUUCGACGAGCGCGCGCGGGGGGACGCGGUGGCGUGGUCGGCCAUGGUCGCGGGCUACGCGAAAAAAGGCGACUUGGGCGUCGCGCGCGAACUUUUCGACGAGAGCCCCGCGAAGGAUUUGGUCUCCUACAACGUGAUGAUCACCGCGUACGCGAAGAGGGGGGAAAUGGAGAGCGCGCAGGAGCUGUUCGACACAAUGCCGCAGCGAGAUGUGGUGACGUGGAACGCGAUCAUCUCCGGGUACGUGCGUUGUGGGUCCCACGCGCGCGCCGUAGAGGUGUUUGGUGGAAUGCGCGAGAGAGGAGAGAGCCCCGAUGAUGUCACCAUGUUGAGCUUGCUAUCAACGUGCGCGGACUCUGGAGCUCUCGAUGUCGGCCGGAGAUUACACUAUUUGAUCUCGGAUAUGUGCUCGAGAAAUGGGUUGAGCAUUGUUCUUGGGAAUGCUCUUAUAGAUAUGUACGCAAAGUGUGGGAGCAUAGGUGGAGCUUUGGAGGUAUUUGGAGGAAUGAGGGAGAAGGAUAUCUCAACUUGGAACUCAAUUAUCAGAGGGCUAGCCUUUCAUGGGCAUUCUAAAGAAGCACUUCAACUGUUCGAUGAAAUGCUCAAUAAGAGAUUGAGGCCGGAUGAGAUCACCUUCGUGGGUGUUCUUGUCGCGUGCAGUCAUGGUGGUAUGGUCGAUGAGGGCCAAAGAUACUUCUUGUUAAUGCAAAAUGAGUAUAGGAUCGAACCGAAUAUUAGGCAUUAUGGAUGUAUGGUAGACAUAUUGGGGCGUGCGGGUUUAUUGAAAGAAGCAUUCAAGUUUGUAGGCGAGAUGAAGGUCGAGCCUAAUGCUAUUGUGUGGAGGACUUUGCUUGGAGCAUGUAGGGUUCAUGGAGAUGUUGAGCUGGGGAAACGGGCAAAUGAAGAGCUAAUGAAGGUGCAGAGCGAGGAGAGUGGGGACUAUGUUUUGCUUUCGAAUAUAUAUGCUUCGGUUGGAGAGUGGGACGGGUCGGAGAAGGUGAGGAAAUUGAUGGAUGAUAGUGGAGUUUGCAAAGAGGCUGGCUGUACUCUGAUAGAAGCAGGUGGUAAGGAGUCUAAGCAGCUGUCAUUGCCCUUCAGCUCAAGUUGUAGAUUGAAGGAAGCUGUUCAUUGAGGUAUCUUCAAGGGCAAUUUGAGAAAGUACAAACAACUUUUCAUAGAAAUCACCCUGAGAGACUCGCGCUUCACCAAGAGGAGAAGCUUAGACUGGAUUUUUUGCUUGAGGUCAAAAUGCUUAUUUUGGUUUUUCACCAUAACAGAAUGUCACGGACAAAAUAUUUUCCGCUGACUUUUCCUCGAUAGUGGGCCAUUCCCCGAAGGAGCAUUCUGACGGAGGUUUUGCUGGAACAUUCUAGAAGCUUCUACAUGAAUCUCGAGGCUAAUUGGCGCGGAUGCCGAGGAGUCAUGAGUCCCUUGGGGUUUCUAGGUAAAUGUAUGACUCUUCGAGUCUCAGAGUUCAUUUAUUAGGACCCUUGGGAGACCGUGCGGCCUCCCCUUUUAGCUUGUGGCCUUGUGCCACUUGGCACCUUUUCAUUUGAUGUGUGGGCGGCGAGUGGCCUAUAUAAGAUUGUGGCCUCCACCUCUCUCAUUAGGAAGAAUCCUCAUUUGUAUUCUCAAUUAUUAAAGUAAUAGAAGAGCCUUCUUCAUAUCUCUCUCUUGUAUUUAGUCUAGGGCGAGUGAGGUCCUAGCUUAGCAAGUAGAGAGGCAGGCUUGCUCACUUUGCGAAGGAAGGCGAGCGCCGCACGGGCUUUUGCGAGCAAAUUCGUUAAGCCCGUGACAAGAAGCUCUAGACUUUCUGAUAGGGAAACUUUUGAUUGUUGGUUCUCGGAUUAUAGAAACUAUUCCAGAAACACAACUGAAUUAUUGGUAGGGAGUUAUGUUCUUUAUUAAUAAUAUCACAUCCAGGAAAUUGUUGGGAGAAUUUGAUAUUCAUUUUCAUCUUGACUUGGGUGUACAGAUUCAUUUCAGAAAAUCGGUCACCCCAGUAAUUCUGCUGCAAUGUUUGUACGGAGGGGAUGAAAUGAAGGCAAAGGAUUAUGCUCGAGUCAAACAACAGAGUUACAGAAGAAGCAGGAAACAGACAUGUUCUCUCCAAGCUACACUCACAGAAACCAACUAUACAAAGCAUAGACGAAUUUCAGCAACAUCCAAAGACUCAAACCAAGGCGACUCACGACGCAAUCGCUGCUGAUCCAGCAGGCCAUGCAGAGACCAGCUGCCAAUGAUCCUGCCUUCCGAUCCAUGCACACGUAGCAUGCAGCGAAGACCAAUUCGACGACGAACCCGAGAUUGAGGGCCAAAGCAUUUCCUUUGGAGAUCACUAGAUCAGGAAGGCGAAGAAAGGGCAGCGUGAAGUGGAAGAGGAUGAGCGAGUUGUAGAAGAUGGGCCAAGCGAAGAGCGUGUGGAUGAGCGCGUUCGCCGGGUUGCUGUGGUACGCACUGUAGAAGGCGAAGUGCUUCUCCAAAUCGAGCAACCGCUUCACCGUUGAUCAAUUCGAGAGUGAGAGCGAUACAAAAUGUGCUCUUCUUUGCUUGAUGAAUGUAACAGUGUUGUGCAAGGGUGUGAUUGUCUGUGAGUUGAAGGCUCAAAUUGUGGGGUAAUGAAUGUAUCUGUUGGUUUGUAGAUGGUUUUUAAAUCUUGUAGCCGUUAGUAUAUAUUCAGGUAUUUUACUCUUUUGGGAAAACUUCAAAUUCCCCCAAUGUGGUUUCGCAUUUUCUCACUUUAGUACUCUAUGCUUUAACGUGUAUAAAGUUAGUACC